GUAAUCCUCUCAGGAAUUCACACAGAAAAGCAAGCCUUGAUCCAGUUUGUUCCAAAGAGCACUGAGGAGAGACUCAAAGAGAGUGGUACAUAAAACAUUGAUGAAUCCUUGCCAGAAUGCCUGUCUCCUCUAGCACACAUGGGCAUCCAAAGAUGGGACUGGUUGCAUUUAUUUGGUACAUCGUUCUCAUAUUUACAUCUGCAGGAGAGACUGUGAAGUCUAAAGAAGCUAACUGGACUGGUUCACUUUUAGUGAUUCCAAUGGAUGGGAGUCACUGGACUGGUGUGAAGGCUCUAGCGGAGGAGAUGGGCCGCAGGGGACACAAAGUGACAGUGGUCAUUCCGGAGGUCAGUGUACUUCUUGGACCUGGUAAACACUAUGUGACUAGAACAUUUCCAGUUCCGUAUGGAAAGCAACAACUGGAUGAACUUCAAGCUCGUAAUGCUGAGGUGAUGGAGAGUAAGCAGCUUCCUCUGAUGGAGAAGAUCAGCACCAGAAUUACUAACAUGAGGAAAUUUGUGGAUCUCCAGCGGGCCACUGCUGAGAGUCUAUUAUUGAACCAAGAGCUUGUGGAUUUCUUGAGGAAGCAGAACUUUGAUGCCGUUCUCACCAGCCCGGCUGUGCCAACUGGAGCCAUCCUGGCAUAUAACCUGUCCUUACCUGCUGUGUAUAUGCUGCGAGGCUUACCCUGUGGACUGGACUCGGUGGCCACGGCCUGCUCAAACCCUCCCUCUUACAUACCUCGGUUCUUUACACACAAUUCGGACCGGAUGACUUUUGGUCAACGUGUGGUGAAUGUUCUAGUGAGUAUCGUAGAGCCUUUACUCUGCAGACUGAUAUAUUGGACAACUGAGGACGUGGCAUCCAGUUUCAUGCAGAGAGAUGUGAGUGUGGCGGAGGUCCUGAGCAGUGGAACUCUGUGGCUUCUGCGGUAUGAUUUCACUCUGGAGUUUCCAAAACCCUUAAUGCCCAACAUGGUUCUAAUUGGUGGGAUUAACUGUGCUGUAAGACGCCCUCUAACUAAGGAGGUGGAGGAAUUUGUCAAUGGUUCUGGAGAGCAUGGUAUUGUGGUGUUUAGUCUGGGUUCUCUGGUGUCCUCCAUGCCAAAAGAAAAAGCUGACAUCUUCUUCAAGGCUUUCAGUGUGAUUCCACAGAGAGUUCUAUGGAGGUAUACGGGUGAGAUCCCUGAUAAUGUCCCUGAAAAUGUCAAACUGAUGAAGUGGCUUCCACAGAAUGACUUGCUUGGUCAUCCUAAAGCAAGAGCCUUUAUCACUCACGGUGGGACGCACGGCAUCUAUGAGGGCAUCUGUCAUGGCGUUCCUAUGGUCAUGCUUCCUCUCUUCGGUGACCAGGCUGACAAUGUGCACCGAGUGGCGACUCGAGGGGUGGGAGUCAUCCUCAGCAUCCACGACAUCACUGUGGAAACACUGCUUGAUGCCCUCAACAAUGUUAUUAACAACAGCAGCUACAAGCAAAAAAUGCAGAAGCUGUCGGCCAUACACAACGAUCGUCCCAUUCAGCCCCUGGAUCUUGCAGUGUUCUGGACAGAGUUUGUAAUGAGGCACAAAGGCGCAGAUCACCUGAGACCUGCUGCUCAUGAGCUGAACUGGCUUCAGUACCACAGUCUGGAUGUGAUCGGCUUCUUGCUCCUGAUUGUCCUGAUUGUGACUCUGGCAAUGCUUAAAUGCUGUUCGCUCUGCUGGAGACGCUGCUUCAGAAAAACACAGAAAAGAAAGGAAGACUGAUCCAAUAGAGAUAAAAGUCUAGUAUCAUGUUUUUUCUAUGUCUAAUGUUUCGUUUCAGAUUUACAAGCCAAAGUCAUGAAAGCAAUUUCACGCCUGACAACUGAGCCAGUGAACUCUUAAAUGGAGAGUUCACCUAAAAAUGAAAAUUGGCUGUUCAUUUACUUAUCUAUAGACCAUGCGUGAGAUAACUUUCAUUCUUCAGCAGAAAACGUAAGAAGACUUUAGCUGAAAAGCUGUGGUUUUGGGGAUUCAAAAAGUGGCUACCAGCACUUUUAGUGUAACAGGGAAAACAAAAUGAGUUUCAAUGGUUUCUAGUGAUUUUCUCCUUAAUUUUUUUUUUAAUUAAUUAAAGUACAGGUGGUAACAUAUUUUAUCAAUCCUAAAGGACCACAAUUUUAGCUAAGCAUCUUUAAAUGUUCAACUAAAGUAAAAAAGUCACUUACAUCUUUGCUGGUUCUCUAAAUGAACAGAAUUUUUUUUUCGUCUGAACUAUAACUUUGAAACCGGAAACAGGGACCAUGCAUUCAUAUUUUGAAGCAGUUUUAAUUAAGUUUAUAUCAUUAAUCACUGAACUACCUAUAAUUGUAGUCACCAGCAUAUUUUAUUUGUACUACACAAAGUGCUGGAAUAAUCUCUCUUUUUUUAGAAAAUUACAGAAAUUCUGGAUGAUAUGGAACUUGAUCGGGGUGGAUGUUAUUUAAUGUGACGCAAACAGAAGUCUAUGAAAUUAUAGUAUAGGUCGGACACCUUUCUAAGAAAUAUUCUUUUUUCCUGGGUUUAAUUUUUAAACGAUAGACUAUAAUUUCACUGACCUAGUGAUCGACACCAUUAACUUUUUUUCAUGUGAACUGAAUUCAUAAAAAAUUGCUUGAGAUUUUCUUUUGUUAGUGUAUUCCUGAUGUAAUGUAGUUUUAAAUAAAACUUUGCCCUGGUGUGCCCUCUGUUUAUCUUAAAAUCACACUGAGACUGGGAAAAAAAACGAAAAAGAAAAAUACAAUCCUAAA